AUGGCCGACAUUCGAAUACAAGGGGUCGUUCAGUUUUGGUUAACAUUAUGUAUAUUUCUCAUUUUGUUUUUGCUUGAGAAUUGUGCGUUUAAUUUAUCUUGUUUAGAAGUUAAAACAGCAUACAAGGAAAGGGGUUUAAAUGAAAAUGAAGUUCCUAUCCAAGCUAUUUCGGGGAAUCAUUUAGAAGUGUGUUCUCAAGUUUCCAAUUGUUGUACGAGAGAAAUGGAGUCCAAGCUCAAAGAUCUUAGUACCAGAGAAUAUUCUAUAAAUAUUGAAGAUGCAUUCAGAUAUCAUGUCGAAAAUACAUUUGCUACAGGAAUUAGAAAAUUUGAUGAAUUCUUCACAUCCCUUAUAGACAAAUCACAAAAAAAACUUCAUCGAAUGUUUCGGAGGACAUAUGGAUUACUAUACCUUCGAGGAAAACAUUUAUUCACAAGUUUGUUUAAUGAUUUGCGGGAAUACUGUGAAGGGAAAAAUAUUAGCUUAACCAGUACUCUUGACAUUUUUUUCAAAUCUUUGUUUAGCCAAGUGUUUGAGUUGUUAUCUGCUCCGCGCAAAUUUUCUGAUCUUUACUUAAAAUGUGUGACAAGUCAGAUUGAAAACUUGAAGCCAUUCGGAGAUGUUCCAGGGAAACUUUCCACGCAGGUCAAGAAGUCAUUUGUUGCUGCUCGUACCUUUGUUAAGGGUCUUGCCUUUGGACGGGACGUGAGUUUGGAAGUUUUAGCGAUUCCCCCAACGAAAGCCUGUAACAGGGCUCUGAUGAAGAUGAUGUAUUGUCCACAUUGUCGAGGACUGACCCAGACUAAACCCUGCAACAACUACUGUCUGAAUACAAUGAAGGGAUGCCUGGCCUAUCACUCCGAGCUCAAUGAAGUCUGGAAUGAUUACAUUGAGGCUAUGAAACAGUUGGCAAGCCGCCUUGAUGGACCAUUCAACAUGGAGGCCGUAGUACCCCGAAUAAAUGUUUAUAUAUCUGAUGCCAUUAUGACUCUUCAAGAGAACAGCCUAACUGUCAAAGAGCAGGUUCACAAUAGAUGUGGAAAGCCUAAUCCUCAGAAUAUGAAAAUUAAACGGGACACUAGUAGCCCGCCUCUAGCUUCUCAGUCAACUCUUCAGGAAAGCAAAGUUCCUGGCUCCUUAGGUCAGUAUGAUACUGCUGCUGGAACCAGUAUAGAACACCUGGUAAAGGACAUAAAGGAAAAGGUCCAGAUUGCUAAGGAUUUCUGGGUAGAGCUCCCGUACACUAUGUGUAACAACGAGCAGAUUGCGGCGCAGCCGGAGAAUGAUACAGACUGCUGGAACGGCAAAGAUAUAGCCCGGUAUGAUAGUGUUGUACAGAAAGAUGGCAUGAUGUAUCAAAUCAACAAUCCCGAGGUGAAAGUUGAUGUUAACCAGGCGAACUACAUCAUAGAACAACAGAAGAUAGAACUCAAGCUCAUCAUUUGUAAACUCAACAGUGCUUUCAGAGGCGAGGAGGUUACUUGGGUUAAAACAGGUUUUUUGUGUGAAGCACAAAUAACAUUAAAUGUUACCAAUAAAAAAGUAUCAAAAGGCAGUGACACAUAUUUUGAUACCAAGUUGGAUUCUGUAUAUUACCGGCUAGGAGCUUGGGAAGAGGGGUAA